GAGGACAGAGCCACAACCAUCCAUCCACAGAGCUAGCUAGCAUCUCACUCGCAGGCCAUCACGAUUCCUUCCCUACGCUUCCUCAUGGCCGCCACCGCCACCAGGCAGCAGCAACAGCCGGCGGCGGCGGCGGUGGCGGACCCCAAGUUCGAGUGGGCGGAGAAGGCCGGCACCUACGUGCUCCGCCUCGCCCUGCCGGGCUUCAGGAAGGACGACUUCCGGGUGCAGGUGGACGGCACCGGGAAGCUCACCGUGCGCGGCGCGACCAGGCCGUGCGCCGCCGGCGGCCCCGGCUCCUCCCUCCACAAGGUCUUCCAGCUGCCCGCAACCGCCAGCCUCGACGACAUCGCCGGCCGCUUCGAGGCCGGCGUGCUCACGCUCACCGUGCCCAAGCGCGCCGGUGCGGCGCCGUCCCCACCGACGAGCAUCGAGGAAAUCAAGAAGAGUGAACCCGGUGCGGCCACGGAGGAGAACGCCAAGCCGACGCCACCCACAGAGGUCGAUGGCGCCAAGAAGAUGCCCAGGGAGGAGGGUGCUGCCAAGCUGACGCCACAAGCAGAGGUCGAUGGCGCCAAGAAGAUGUCCAAGGAGGAGGGUGCCGUCAAGCCGCCGCCGACGCCAGCCUCCCACCAGCUGCCAUCCAAGGACGGCGGGGCUGGAAAGAAGGAGACCAACGGCGCCAAGCAGCCGGCCGCUACCAGGGACGACGGCGGCGAGAAGAAGGAAGCCGUCGUUGGCACCGAGCCCAAGGAGAGCACGCUCGGUAAGACGACACGUCAGGUCGCAGAGCAUGUUCACCGCAUGGAGGAGGCCAAGAGGCGCAAGCAAAUUGAGCAUAUGCCGGCGCCGGCGGCGAAGAAGGAAGAAGAAGUGAAGCCCAAGGCACCCCAGCCAGCAGCUGCUGCGAUGACACCAGAGAAGCCGGCGCCGAAGGCAGAGGUUGCCAACGGCGAGAAGGCCAAGGCGGCGGUUGACCGGGAGAGCCUAGCGGAGAGGGUGAGCCAGCGCGGCGAGGAAGAGAGGGCCAAGGCUGCUGCCACGGCGACGGCCACAGAAGCGAAAGCGGAGCAGGCGAAGAAGGCGGUGCCGUCGACAUGCACGGGCUGGAAGGAGCGCAUCGCCGGGGAGCUCAAGGGGCUGACGGACAUGAAGUGGGCGGACAACGCGGUGGAGAUGGCGAGGAGGAACAAGGAGGUGGUCGCCGUCGGGGUCGCCGCCUUCUCCAUCGGCUUCCUCGUCUCCCAGAAGCUCUUCAGGAAGUGGGCAGCGCUGCAUACGUAACAUACACAGACACUGGGUAAAUAUGUACCGAACUAAGCUAUUUGUGUGAUCAGAGUGUACAGAGACAUGUAAAGAUAUGUGUGCAAGUUAAGUGUGUACAUAGAGACAACCAAAGCUGACUGAAGAUUGAUGUGCAACA